UUGCCAAUAAAAGGCCUGCCACAGUUUCAGUCUCUGGCUUUGGCACAAUGGCUUUCCUUUCUCUUUGGGCCUGCUUACUAAUUGGCUACUUUUCUGUUUCAUUAGCAGAAGCAUACAAUUUCUCAGAUCUGUAUCCUCCCCUAUGGAAGGAGAGUCCUGGUCAGUUCAGUGACUAUAGGAUAAAAAAUGGGAAGUACAUUAUUAAUCCCUGGGUAUAUCCUGAGAGAUUGGGGAUGUAUAAAAUUCUACUGAGCCAGACAGCCAGUUAUUUUGAAAAAUUUGCACCAGAAAAUGAACAAAAUAUAUUAUGGGGACUGCCUAUACAGCAUGGCUGGCAAUAUACUUCAGGCAGAUUAGCGGAUCCUAGCCAGAGGACAGAUUGUGGCUAUGAUUCUGGCGACCAUUUGUGCAUCUCUGAGGACAGUUGGUGGGCUGACAUGAAUUACUUUCUUUCUGCAAUACCCUUCCUGGCUGCAGUUAGCUCUGACAUAAUGGGGAUAUCAUCAGACCAAGUCACACUUUUGCCACCACCCAAGGAUCAAACAAAGUUUUGUCUUAAUGUUUCUACUUGUCAGUCAUCCUUCCCUAAGACAAUGAGAAAGUGGACUAUCUUCUACCAGCAUUUGCAGAUACCUUCUAGUAGCUUUGAUGACUUACUGAAGUACUUAUGGGAUGCACAUACAUCAUCUUUGAAAGAUGCUUACAAAAUAUUUACAGAUAGAUUUCAAGACUAUUCUGAACCAGAAGUAAAUUUUGGAAAAACUUGGUAUGUGGCUGUGGGAUAUAUAGCUGCAGCCAGGUUUCCUACAACUAUGAUUAAAACAUAUGAAUUCCAGAAGAGUCUGCCACCACGAAUGCUUGUCAAUGGGGACAGAGCUCCCAACAUCCAUGACUUUACUGAACUUCAAAACAUAGUCCUGCUUGGUUUAAAUAUUCUUCAUGAAGCAGAUAAUGAUACAGGGUCAUUCUCUUUGACUAUAUGGAAAAUUUUAAUGAAGACAGAACGUGCAAGAAAAUUUGUUCUAGAGCUUUCAGAAAUAAUUCUUGAGGCUUUUACUCCAACAUUUCUGGAAAUAAUGAGUUAACAAUAAAAGUUUCUAAUUUGUUGGGCAAUAGCAAUUUCAAAAUUUAACACGGUCAUAAUCAGGAUAAUUUUCUUGACUCUGUUGUUUUUAAAUUGUGCUUAUUUGUUAGAAUUUUGUCCAUGCAUACUUAAUUUUACAUUCAAAUUAAUGUUAUAUUAUUUUGUCAAUUAAUAAUACUUGACUUUUAAUUCACCAAUAUAUAAUGUUUAGCAUUUAAAGAAGUUGUAUUAAACUCUUAUAAAUCAUUGAGAAAUUAAUAAACAGACAUUAAACU